CUCCACAAGGACGUACCAAAAGCAGCAAGAUUUUACUCAGAGGGCUUGGAUUUCACCAUUAAUGUCUGUACCCAUAGAUGGGCUGAGCUCCAAUCUGGGCCUCUUAAACUUGCUCUCAUGCAUUCAUCAACAUUGCACUACGUUAGGACAGCUUCUCUUGUUACCGACCAAGUGAAAUAGAUGACCUUGGAGGGGGACUGCACUUAUCCAGAUUCUUUUCCAAGGCCAGGAAGAGUUUAAAGAACUAUUACCGGAGAGAAAUAGAUAACCUUUUCUGACCGUGAAUCUACCAUCAGGAGCUCCAUUCCAUGGCAAUGUAUCAGGCAUAUGAACUUGAAUGACAUAUGAAGGAAUGAUUCUGGCAGGAAAUUUGUUUGUGAGGAGGAAUGUCAAAUUUUGGACUAGACAUUGUAAAUUAUGUCAAGCUUGGGUUCCAAUCAUUUCUUAGUGAUGUCAACAGCGACAUUGUUGUGCAGAAGGGAUACUCAUCCCUCCUAUCCUUUACAGUUGGUGAUAUAAACAAUUCGGUAACCAAGCUAAUGGCUUUAGGGGCUGAGUUGGAUGGUCCUAUCAAAUAUGAAAUCCAUGGAAAGGUUGCUGCAUUGAGGUGUGUGGAUGGGCAUAUGUUGGGUCUUUAUGAACCCUCCUAAGACUUCUUUGAGACGACUGCUUGCAGAUUGCGACUUGUAUUACAAAGGGAAACUGGAUGCUUGACACAAGUUUUGCAUAAAGAGAAAUUUGACCUCUUUUUCAUGGAGGUAAAGCACAAGAAGAUAGAGGAGAUAGUGAUUACUCAUUAAUCUACCAAUGGUUUACAGCAAGAGACGACCCUUAAUAAAAACUUAAUAGAUUGAGAGAUAUACGGGUACAAUAUCAUUCUGAUCGAAAAAUGCAAGUUCAAUGUGAGGAGAUUGUACGUAUGAUAUGAAAAAAUUAUAUUAAAGUUUGAUUAAUUAAAGUUAGAUGAAUCAAUUACUUAAGUGGAGAACAAAA